UCAGGCUUGAGAAGAGGCCAGGGGACCCCGAUGUGACCUCCCGCAGGGGAGCUGUGGCUGGGCCCUUGUAGGGGGAGGGGAGGGGAGGCUUUAGAAGGAAGAAAACGCACAUGAGGUUGCUGAUUCUCACUGGAGAAUGGACUUUGGGAGGCUGUCCAGGCCCCCCCACCGGCCUUUACUCCCCCACCCCCUGCUCCGGGGGGACUGGGUCACUCUGGACCUUGCUACUUCCUGCUCCUGGCCGCCACUGCUGGGAGACGAUGGAGCAGUGGAGGCAGCUGAGGCAGGCGGGACUGGUGCCCCCGGGACUGGGCCCACUGCCACGUGCCCUGAGGGGGGUCCCCCCAGUGGGAAGGGCUGGCCAGGCCCUCAUGUCCUUGGGGGCAGACACUGGAGGUGCCAGGGGGAGUCUGCUGUGGAUCUGGGAGGAGCUGGGGAACCUCCGCCAAGUGGACAUCCAGCUGCUGGGCCAGCUGUGCCGCCUGGGGCUGGAGAUGGGGACCCUGAGGGAGGAACUGGUCGCCUUACUGGAAGAGGAGGAGGAGAGCCUGGAGGAAGAGGAGGAGAAGCCUGAGAGGAAGCAGGAGGAAGGACACCAGGCCGCCUCCUGCCCAGCCCCAUACCGCCACCUCCCCGACUUUGAAAUGACGAUCUGAGUGCCUGCCCUGAUGCUUCCGAAUGAGAUGCAAAUUUACACAAAGAGGAGGGGGCAUUUGCAGGUGAAAUCAACCUGUUAACAGUCGAUUUGGAAUUGCCCCGUAUUCCCUGAGCAAGUGCUUUCUCUUUAGAUGUCUGAGAUGAGACUGAGGCGCUGGCCUGCGGGCUGUUGGCUGGUUUGCAGAGAGGCUGUAGGUAUGUGUGCACACGAGCCGCAGCGAGGAUGCAGGGGGAUGCGGGUCUCUGCAAAUAGGACGGGAUGCUUGCAGAUAAGGUUUUAGGUCAAGGCUGUCCAUUAUGGUCGCCGCUGGCCGCACAUGGCUACUGAGUACAUGUGGAUCUUCUGAACUGAAGUGUGCCGUCAGUGUAACAUACAUGCCGAAGUUCCAUGGCUUAGUUGAUAAAAAGAAUAUAAAACAUUUCAAUAAUCUUAAAAAGAAUUAUAUGUUAAAAUGAGAAUAUUUUGAGUAUAUUAGGAUAAUUAAACUAUUACUAAAACUAAUCUCACCUGUUCAUUUAAAAAAAUUUUGUGCUGAUAAAAUGUACCAUUUUAAUCAUUCUUAAGUGUACCAUCCAGGAGUGUUAAGCUCAUUUGCAUUUUUUGUGCAAACAUUACCACCACCCAUCUCCAGAACUCAUUUCAUUUUACAAAACUUGAAGCUGUACCUAUUAAACAACCCCGUAUUCCCUCCUCCGCAGCCCCUGGCAGCCCCAGUUUGCUUUGCAUCUCGAUGAAUUUGCCUACUCAAGGGACCUCACAUAAGGGGGAUCAUACAGUACAAGUCUUGUGUGGCUUAGUUCACUGAGCAUAAUGUGUUCAGGUUUCAUUCAUGGUGCAGCAUGUGUCAGUCUUUCCUUCCCUUUGGGGCUGAAUAAUAUUCCAUUGCAUGUGCCUACCACGUUUUGUUUACUUAUUCAUCUGUUGAUGGACACGUGGGUUGUUUCCACCUUUUGGCUACUGUGAAGAACAUUGCUAUGAACAAGGUUGUACAAAUACCUGUUUAAGUCCUGGCUCCAAGGCUUUGGGGCAUAUACACAGAAAUGGAACUGCUGGAUCUUAUGGUAAUUCUAUACUUAGCUUUUUGAGGAACCUCUGAACUCUUUCCCAAGCAACUGGUACCAUUUGACAUUCCCACCAGCAAUGCACAGGGGGUUCAAUUUCUCCACUCUCUGCCAACACUUUUUUUCUGUUUUGUUUUCUUCCUUUUUUUCUCAUCCUAAU